GAAGAACCGUUCUUCCGUUUUUAGAGUAAGGUAGCAUGAGUAUACAGUACAUGUAAUUGUAUAACCCAAGUUAGUUUAAAAUAAAACAGUAAACAAUGUCAAAACGACCUGUUCCAGAUAUGCAGACUGCCGAUAGCUCAUCAGGUAAUUUUCAACGCAUUAUUCUUCUUCUAAAAUUUUGAGGACCCACGGCAUGGUUGCACAGAAUGUUAAUAUUUGCAUUAAUUUCAUUAAUUAUGCUUGUCCCAGCGGACCUCUCUUUUGACAUUUGAUUUUUGAAUGGCCAAUGGUAAAUCUGAGGUCCCUUACAACUUACGGAGGAAAUGGCUAAGUUUAUGGCCAUGCAGUUCGUAAUGGUGGUGUAGAGUGGUACCACUUCUAGAGUUUCUGACAGUGUUUGGUACUUGGCAGGAUAAAAUUCCAUGUCCCAGCUCAUCUCCCACUCAGCUAACCCAUUGUGAGAUCUUUUUUUAGCUGGUCAUGUCAUGAAAUUCCAUGUCCCAGCUCACCUCCCACUCAGGAACAAACGGGUGCCUAGCACCAAACCCUGGGGGACCCCUGACUUAACACCAACGAAGAAGCUUGUACCGUCCAUUACUAUACCUGGAAUCUGUUGUUGAGGAAACUAGAGAUCCAUGUAUUGGCAGGACCUUGCAUCCCAUAUCUCUGAAGUUUGUGCAAAAGCAAACUAUGAUUUACACAGUCUAAUGGCUUUGAGAAGUCCAUCCCCAGUACGUCAGUUUGUUUGCUGAUCUCCAGAGUGGUCAUCAAGUCUUCUACAAAGGAGCUGAGUCUCACAUUGACUCACAUGAUCUAUUGACUUGGAAGCCAUGUUGAUAUUGACUUGGAAGCCAUGUUGACAGUCACUGAGUAUAUGUGUGAUGAUUGAUGAUGAGGUAAAAAGGUUACAUUUUUUCCAGGUGACUAUUAUAUUAAUCAAUAAAGAGCCAAGGAUAUGGUGUAGGACUUUCUGUAGGACUAUUGUUAAAGGCUGUCAUAUAUCACAGAAAAUGAGAAGUUAAGGAGUUAACUUUUUUUUUUUAACUCAUUCUCUCCAGAACAACGCUCAUUUGAAAUGAAGAUUUUGGCCUAUCGACGAUGGCAUCGUCGAUGUAUAAAAACCUGGUUAUUUCGGCUCUUUUCUUAGCUAUUGGUUUUUAGUUAUUUUAAAUCAAUUCCAGAAUGAUUUCCCGUUGUUUAACAUCCCGUUUUUUGGUGUUUGAAAGAGGUUUUGCAGAGAAUGAAGAGUUUGAAGUGGUUGUUUUGAUUGUCCAUUUUAUUUUUGUUUACAAACAUGAAAUCUUGACCUAACCCAUCUGGUGAUCGAUCUAAUAAAGGUUGAAAAUAUUACUCUGAUGAUGAUUCAGACAGUGAUUUUAUUAUUUCAAAUGCAGAAACUGAUUCCUUUGAAUACUAUGAUUAUAAUCCUAGUACUAGUAUUAGUAGUACUAGUGACGAAAUAAUGAAAAUUGGUAAUUCAUCAGCUGAUGAACAACCAGCCCCGCCCCCAGCUAAAGUGCACAUGAAUAUGAAUUGUUUUUAGGCUAACCAUAACUAAGCACAGAUUAAAAGAUAUGACAAAUGUAUGGUAAAUGUUCCAUUUACCAUAAUAAAUGUUAGUUCAUACAAGAAUACAGUGCAAAUAUUUUAUAAUAGCAAAAAAUUGUUUUCAGUGGAAAUUGUAAAAAAAAAUUCGCAAAUUUGUGACAAUUGAUAAUGUGCUCUGAGGUUUAAUUUUUUUCUUUUUUAAAGUUGAUCUUUAUUAUUUGUGAUGCACAUAUGGAUAUAGCUCAGAAAAAAAACAAUUUUUGUUACACUUUGGAUAAUAUAUUUCUCCUGUUGUGACUUGGAAUGAGCGUUUUGUGAACAGUUGGUAAGAUUUUUAUUUUUCUGAAAUGAUAAUCACAUUUAUAUAUUAAAAUGUAAACCCAAGUCUUGUUUGCUUGUAAAGGGCAUACAUUCUCCUUUAAUUCCAUACCAAACUUAACACUUUCUGAUGAAAAACAAAAAAAGUUAUGAAGGUUUAGAGACAACAUAGUAGUGCGUUACAAAAACGCAAAAUAGAUAAUUCCGCCAGAACGCGGAAAAUAAUUCCGGAGAGAAAGAGUUAAACUUGGACCCACCUGGUAUUUUAAUAACAUUUCUUAACAAAAAAAUCAAAUCUGUUAAGGUUACAGAUGUUACAAAAAUAGUUAAGAGAUUCUUUUUUAGAUAAAAGAAUUCUUUGUGUUACGAUUUUCCUAUAAUAAAGUAGAAAAACAAGGUAAAAGUUUGGUUACAUUUUUAAUGUAGAUAUCAAUAUAACCGUUAACAUAAAAUAUAUCUAAAAGGGUAUAUAGUUAAUAUAGAUUUUUUUGUUGUAAAUUUAAAAUCAUGUUUUACAAUUUUUAGAGAAAAAAAAUUGUAGUGCAGGGGCGCAAAAAGGCGUAGGGUAGGCGGAUAUAAUAUAUAUAUAUUAAAUAGCAGAUAACUAUUUCUCAAAACUAAAUAAUGUUAGAAGUGUAAAUGUGAUUACAUGUAUACUUUUUUGUAUACAUCAAUAUAUAUUACAGUAUUUACAGAUGAAGAAUUAAUAUGAAAGACAUUUUAAACUAUAAGAAAUUUUGUAGGGAUAGAUGACUUAUAUAUACCUAUAAAUUUCUUAUAUUGGGGUCAAUUGAAAAGGCAAAACAUUAUGAUGGAAAUUUAGGUCAAGAUGUUCAAUACUGUGAGCCUAUGGAUUAAUACCACAAUUGUAUGGCAAAAUAGUCCUUUUAUCAAUAAAAAAGCACCAAUGUCCAAAAAUAAACACUUGCAAUCUCUGCACCGAUUCCCAUUUCCCAUACACAUUUUGAAAUAGUCUACCUUGCCUUACCCAAGUGCCUAGUGUAAGGAACUAGCUUAGUCUUUGUAAGCUGAGCACUUUCUGACAUGAAGCUACCCACAUUGCAUAGACUUGACUCACAUGACAUAGGGAUCCUAAGUGCUGACUCUGUAACCUGGUAACAGUAAAACACCUAAUUGCAGAGAGCCCUCCUUUGUUAAUAGUUUAAUUGAUUAAAGUCUAUGAGGCUCACCUUUGAUGUGCAAGUCAAGUUAAGUUACAAAAGUUUAUACUCGGUCUUACAAGAGAUUAAAUCAUAUUUAACAUUAAGUAUAGCUGAGCUGGGUGCAUUUCUUUUACCAAAGUGUUACGCACUGGCUUCUAUUGUGAGAAAUUAAUCUCUUGUUUUAAGUUAUGGCUCGUUCAAACAGUGCCUAACAAAGGAUGAUACCAUAGAUAAAUACAAUAACAAAAUUACGACACCCAAAACAGUUCAAAUUACACUUAAUACAUAAGAUUUAAUUUAGUAAUAAUACAAUUACAAAACAAAAGAAAUAUCAUUAAAAAUCAUCAUCUUCCAGUAUGGUAGAUCUUGUACUGGUACACAGUUAACACAGUUAGUAAAAUGUGCCAAUUAAUAAUGAUGAAUGCGAAAUAAACACAUGAGCACACAAAGAAUAAUACAAUUGUUUCGUAAAGUUAAUAAUAUCUAUCUCCAUCUAUCUGAAUCUCUAUCUCAAUCUCCGAAACCCUUUAUUUAUAUUGUGGGUCUACUGACGCGUCCAAAAACGCCUUUACUUUUCUAAUACAAUCGCAAACAUUCGACAAAACACUACUGAGAACAAAUUAAUUAUUUUCAGUUGCUGUCGGCUAUAAACACGACAGAUCAAAAGACUAAGCCACGCCCAUCUAUGAACGUAGUAUCUCAUGUGGGGUCAACCAGAGUGCACGCAUGAGGAAAGUGUUGUAAACAAGCUCUACAUAACGCAAGGGUUCGGGUCUAUGUCCAGUGUGUUUAAAAAAAGUGGUUAAAAUUCAGCCAGCAAUGUUUUCCAUGCUAUAUAGGUCUUGGAGAUUCCCCAGGUUAAUUACUGGCCAUGGUCAUGUUUUUCAAAAGAUUUUAAAUUUUAGCUCUUUUAUAUAUUUGAUUAAAGUUUUUUUUUUUAUUUUUGUCUUGAGAGUGUUGGGAGUACAACAGAAUAUUAUGUUGAAAUAUCCCAUUAAAUUGUGACAUUAUAGAAAUGAAUAGCAUAUGGUUACUUCGUUUUUCAACCAAUCAAAAGACAACACUUUAAACAAUGCGCAUGUCUUUUUUUCCGAUGUUCAUCUUGGGGUACCAAAAAGGAUGAGUUUCUCUUUUUAUUUCUUUUGAUCCUUGUAAAUUGAAUUUUAAUAAAAACGAAUGAGAAAUUUCAUUUUUAACUUAUUUCAUUUUAACUGCAUUGAUCAUUAGAUUUCACUAAUGAUGCGAAUAAUGCCCAGUAAAGAACAGGAAAGUUAUCAUACUCAUUGUUCAUGUCCUACUGUUGGUCUUGUCACCUUAAGCCCAGUGUUAGCAUUCCCCAAAGUGAUGUCACUGCUCUGAGGGUGAGACAACUCUUGGCAAAACCCAUGCCCCUAACUACAUUUUACCAAAAAAGUUAUUUUCUAUAAUGUAUUCCGUCCAAUGGGCAUAAGCACAAAGUGCAAGUACAAAACCACUAAGGAUCACAAAGGCAUCACAGACAAAGUUGAAGGCUUGAAAACACUAAUAAUUAUGUAGCCCAUAUUUGGAAUAAUAGCUUAAUAUUAUAAUCCUAAUCCAGAUGUUCUCAACCUUUUUAGUGCUGUGACCCCCUUAUAACAUUUGUAAAGUUGUGGCAACCCACAACCAGUAUUAUACCUUGAAAAUCAGAAAUAGGCUUUGCAGAGGGGGGGAGCACAUCUUACACACAAAACCCCAGCUUAAAUUUCAGAAAUCAUCUUGCGACCCCUGAAAUUUUAUCAGGCAACCCUUAGGGGGUCAUGACCCGCUGUCCACCAGUUAAAAUAAAAAAAAUGGAGCGAAGCUUCCCUAUUAUUUAUAUGUGUUAGUUUUGAAGAUUAUAUUAGUUUUCAUUUUUAUGAUACCAACAUAUGCAUAUUAUUUUUAUUAAAUAUUUAUAUCCUUAUCAUGGCGAUACCUUUAUAGCCAUCUUUCAGUUAAGCCAAUAUAUUUUUUAUUAAAUUCGUGUUAUGAAAUAAUAAUUUUAAGUAGAAAGUGCCAUGGCCAUAACCAAAGAUAUGCAUUAAGGUGAAAUGUACACACAAUUAUUUUUAAAAAGUGUGCUUUUUUUUUUAAAACACCUGGUUCCAUUUUUUUUCUUUUUUGCUGGAUAUCCAAAUAAUUCUCUUCAUCUGGUUAUAUGGGUCAGUACCCUGCUCAGCCCUAAGAGUAAGUGCUAAAUUGCCUUGAAUUCACUUGAAUUUGGUUGAUUCUUUGUCCAAUUAAAUUGCAGUAAAUGAAUCAAAGUAAAGGCCUCUAAAUUUAUUAUGUUUGUGAAUGUAUUUUUGUUAUAUUACUAAUAUUAGACAAGCAUAACAAAAUGCUAUAGGGUUAAUCAGGUUUCAAGAGUCCUUAUUGCACAUGUACUUAAUUAUAAACUAUAGGGCAGAAAAAUUGCCUUGUGCUAUGUAAUAAAUUUAAAUGAAAGUUUUUUUUCUUUUUUAAAUAUAUUUCUUUAGAUGAUGAUGCCCCUGAAGAAUUAAGUGCUACAGAAGUUCGUAAGCAAAGCGUUUCUCAACUCAAAACACUCAAGGAAGCAGAGAGGAGAAUUAAGGAUGAAGAGAAAGAACGUAGACGUAAAAGAAAUGAAUUGUUCAAAACGCAGAAGGCAAGGCAGUUAUAAAUAUUCUGCUGUCCCUUUCAGAUCAUUAAUAUUGCUAAAACUAUAGCUGAAUAUGCAAAAAUAAAUAUCAUAGAAUAUUUUAUUUAGCUGCAAAAUAAAUGUUGGAUUUCCUUUUAUUAGGUUAAGUGGUUAAGCAGGGAUUGGCAAACCAUGGCCAACAACUUUGGUUUAUCAGGCAAAGAGCCAAUGGUUGUUUUGAAAUGACAGAAGAAAAAAUGGUGUCUGUGCAUAGUAGGUGUGGAACAGUUAAGGAUAUUUUCAAAGAGGUUGAAAAAAAAUAUUGCUAAGAACAUUUUGGAGAGGACAGAAUUGAUUGUCUCAACAGAUGGUGUUAAAAAUAUGUGCUAUGAAGGGAAAGGGUUAUUCUGACAAAUUUUUUUCGGGCGACUGGUGGUAACUGUUGAACUAUUUAACUUAAAGUAUAUAUAAAGCAUUUUAAAAUAAUAUUUUUAUACCUACAUCAAAAUAAUUAAAUUACCGGUAUAAGUAAUUGAUACUGAUGCGUUCAUAGAUUCAGUGAAAAUCAAAUAAGACCUUUUUAUCAAGGACAUGAAGAGAAUGUAAGUUUUUUCUUAAAGCAAAAGUAACACCAAAAAUGACAAUGUGAUGACUUGUACAAUGAUGGUGAUUUUAGUGUUUUACAUUUAUUGGUGUGGUAAUCAUAUUCAAACCUUGACAUUUUUUAAGGACCGGUAUAAAAUAUAUUUCAAGAAUGUGUACGGUAACUGUUAAAAAUUAUAAAGAUUAAUUAUUUUUCAGAUUUAAAUUAUAUGCGUUAUACAGUGUGCAACGUUAAUGUUACUUUGGAUUGGUCACUUUCAGAAAUUCAGAAUACUCCCUGUGCUACUGUUUACCUGAAAACUCAGUAAGAAUCUAAAACAUUGAUUCAAAUAUUUUUGCCACAAUACAAGUAUAAGGAAGGCGUGUUCCUUUCAAUACACAUUCCGAGUUUUGAAGAAAAUGUUAGGAGUUUUGAAGAAAAUGUUAGGCUAGUCAUGAUUAACAUCUUCUUUAUUUAAAGUUUAAAGAUUUGUUUAUUCAGUCUGCAUAUUUCUUUCCCAGGUUAAAAAAAAUUUAGACUUGAGUUCAAGAAAACUGCCUCAAGAUAUCCUAGAUGCUGUUUCAACCAAGUCAAAUAAAGGUUUGUCAGUGAAUAAAUGGCAUUCAUUUUAAACUCUAGAGAAUUUUUUUGAACAACAUUUGGUGUUAACGAAGAAAGGGUAGUUUUGAAUGUUCCCUGAGCUAAGAAAAUAAUCACUGUGAUCUAUAGGUCAAAGUUAAAAAGUAAAGGAAAGUACCAUUUUAUGCUCUAGAGUGCCCUUAAUUAAUACUAAAAAUUAUACACAUAGAUAGUAUGAAUCACAACAUUUUGUUAAAUUUAUAUUUAAUUGCGGUAUUAGUCUGGGCAUUUGGAAUUUUGAUAUUUAUAAUUAUAUCCCUCCACAUGCGGAAAAACUAGAUAUUUAUUUAGGCUUUUUUUUUUUUAGCGCUUACCUUACAGCUCUAAGCGCUUUACAAUUAUUAAAAAUAUGUGAACUAUUUAAACUGCUAAAGUAAACUAAAAAUGAAAAACCAGAGACACUACAAUAGUAACUACGAUGUGAAAAAUGACUAUAGAAACAGAUAUAUGGGUAGCUCAAGAAAACAAGUGGCUAGACACAUGUUUAAUGACAAAUAAAUAAAUAUACUUUGGGAUUGUAUCAACAGUUUGUUGUUUUUUUUAAAAUUAAAGUAAAGCUAACUUGACCUUCAAAAAAGAUCAAAUAACCUUGAAAUCAGUUGAUCUUUUCUUCUUUUUUUUUUUUUAAACAUUUUAAAGCCAUAUUUUAUUUUUCUGCAUUUAGUGACUUGGUCGUCUAUAAUCAUUUAUAUUUUUAAAGCUAAAUAGUUACAACAAAAAUAAAAUUAUGACUCCAAAAAUUGAAAUGAAUAAAAAUCAAUCUGCUUGAUCAAUCAAUUGAAAUUGAUCAUUCUGUGUAACGCAGGGGUCACAAAACUAUGGGUCGCGGCAGGCUAGAUGAACUGGCCUGCCAACGGUACUUUAAUUUGCUUGAUAAAACGUAUGGAACACGAGACAUGAUCCAAUUUGAAUUUCAAUAUUAUGUUUAGAAUACUAUGAGAUCUUCACACGUUCGGAGACCUCUGGCCGCUAUGCGCCUUAAUUUACCAUUUUCAAUUAUAUAGAUUUUCUUGUUAAUUGCAGACCUGUCUACCCUUGAACUCCUAAUAUGGUCUCAAAAUUGUACAAUAUGUAUCUUAAUGGUAAAUAAAUAAAAUUUUAUUCACUAUAAAUACUAUAGGAACUACUCACAUCGCAGUGCCUAGUGCGAUCGAGUUAAGCUGGCAUCAAAAAAGUUAACUCCUAAAAGUAGAUGACCGACUUUUAUAUUACAAUCUGCGGUCACUUUGUUUAGCAGACGUGCAUUUGCUACGGAUAUUAAUUUAUAUUUGAGUGGACGUACAGAUCCCAGUCUGUCACUGGUAAAAUUAAAGUUACUGGUGAAAUUUAACGUGGUUCAAACUCGAAGUCAGAUAAGUAUAAAAUAAGCUGUAUUUAAAUAAAUUUAUUAUGAAAUGAUGACAUCAUUUAUAAUUUAUAAAACCUACCAAAUAACUUGAGGUUGUUGUUUUUUUAGGAGAAGCUGGUUUAAAAAAAUAAUAAAAUAAGAAUCAUUUUCCAUUAAGCCUAUUCCCGCUAAUAUAUUAUAGUCUAACUACCACAAACUGUAGAUGGGUGAAAGGAAGAGGUGUCUGGAGACAUACUGAGCCAUUAAAAAUCGUAGUUCUCGCGGUUAGAACUAUCAUCCUUCGGCAAGUUCAGUUGUGCGGACAACAGAAGAAAUUGGAGAGAACAUAGUGCUACAGAUACGCUGGAUGAGUCUACUGAUCAAUUAAGUAUGUCACAACUUCUUGUGUUUAUUUGUGGUGUCAAUUUGGACUUUCAGAUAACAAGAGUUGGCAUCUGUUUGCAGUAUGCAUGGAAAAAAAAAUCGGAAAAGACAUGUUCAUGCAAGUGCCAAAACUUAUGUACACUAUAACCUUCAGUGGAAUCAGCUUCGAGGUGUUACAGUUGAUUGAGGCAAAAUCCGGAUGACUCGAUGGUCCUAGUCCACUUCGACGGACGAACAACAACACCAGCAAGCAUUCAGUGGGAAAGACUUAGAUGUUUCUUGUGUACUGAAACCAGUCUUUUCUAGUCAACAUCACAUUCCACAUUAAUGAACUGAACUUGAAUCUUCUGGGAAAGGAUAACCUCAUCUGUGAUCUCUACAGAAUUAUCAAAGAAUUUUGGAGAAAACUGUCAUUGAAGCACAACUGGGAGGAGAAAAAUUUUCUCAUUUUCUCUGUUUCGAAGAGUUUUGCGAUACAUUUGACAAAGAUGUCAACCUCAAUUUUCCGAAGAAAAAAAAAAUAGUGGUGACUUGCAGAAGCAUUCUUUGGAGAGAUCUUGACAAAAUUGAGAGUGGCAUUCAUCUGUUCCGGAAUCCAUUUGAUUGUAACCUUGAUGAUGUGCCAGUUGAAAUACAGUUGGAGCUCGUUGAUUGGCAAGCAAACGACUCGUUAAAAGAGAUGCACAGAGAAGAAAAACUUGUUGAAUUUUACCACUGCUAACCUCAUGUUAAGUUUCGGAAACUGAAGAACUUUUCCGCUGGUAUGGCAUCAGUGUUUGGAACAACUUAUGUCUGUGAGCAAACAUUUUCAAAAAUGAAGUAUAUGAAGCCAACACAUCGAACGAGGGUGACUGUUUUUAAAACAAUUCUCUUGAUUGGAUGCAGUAAUUCCAAACCAAACAUUGAUGAUAUCUUAAAAGCCAAAUGUCAUUUUCAUAAAUCUCACAACCCUUUUUGCUGCUUAAUUUGGGAGAUUCGACUAUGUGCACACUAGUCCUGAUGUUAAACUAAGUUUUUGCUAACGUCGCCUUCUUUGAUAACUUUUUUUUUUAGUAAAUAAAUACAUUGGUCUUUGUUCCUGCUUUUUUGUGCAUUUCAAGCCACCCACCCAUGAUUACCAUGGAAUACUAAACUUAGUUUUUCGUCUUUUUUCUCGGAGCUUUUGUUUUGGCUUGGAAGUAUUGUAUAGAAUGAUUAUAUGGCCCGCGCUCAUCAUUUUGUCCAUUGUUCGGCCCGCCGUGAAAAUAGUUUGAUGACCCUGGUGUAACAUUAAGUAAAAAUAAAAUGAAAUCUUGUAAAUAAUCCCCUUGAAUUAAAGGUGUUUCGUAAAAUUAUCUAAUGAAAUCAAUAGUGUUUGGUUUUUAUCAGUCAUUAUUUUGCUAAUAUUAUCUUUUUAGGUAAUCAAAGUGAUUCAAUAAAGAAAAGGCUCUAUGACAAUGAAGAUAAUGAUGUAAAUGAACGUUUAUUAGACAGUGGGCUGGAACUUGAAGACUACAAUAGUACAUCAGACUUUAUUCCAUUUGGGUUAGUUUUCAUUGCUGCAAUUACAGUUCCAUUUAAACUUUAAAAAGUGUUGGACUGCGAUAAAGCUUUAAAAUAGAUUAAAUAGACAGGAACAAUAUAUGUUAAGCUUUAAUAAUAAUUUUACAUUAAUACAUAGACAUUUCGGCGCAUGCCUUCAUCAGUACAACAACAAAACAUUUAAAUAAGUGUAAAUUAAAUUUACAUAAUAUAUAUAUAUAUAUAUACAUAUAUCCUACCUAAGAAAAGGAGAAAAAAUUGGAGUGGGCGCAAAAAAAACCAGACAGAAACAAAGUAAAGAAGUAAAAUCUUACUUUGUUUCCGUCAGGGGUUUUUUUUUGCGCCCUCUCCUAUUUUUCUCUCCUUUUCUUAGGUAGGAUAUAGGUAUAUAUAUAUAUAUAUUAUGUAAAUUUAAUCUAUACUUAUUUAAAUGUUUAGUUGUACUGAUGAAGGUAUGCACCGAAAGGUCUAUUUAUGUAUUAUGUAACAAUAUUAUUAAAGCUCAACAUAUUUUGUUAUAUUGACACAAAUUGUUAGUUUCUAAUUAAUCUAUUUAAACUUUAACAUGCUGAAUGGAUAUUUCUAUUAAAGAUUUUGCUGCAUCAGUUAAUUACAUUACAGCUUAAAAACUACAACAAUUUCAAUAAUAUACAAUUUUAAGAUUAAUAAAAAUAUUUGGGGGAUUUUUAUCUUUUAAUUAAUUUAUUUUUAAUUGGAUACACAUCUAAUUUUGUUCAAUAUUUUCUUUAGGGAUGCUAGUAGCAGUAAAUUGAGAGCUGUAACAGAAGAUGAGGUCCACAAGAAAAAGUUGUCAUCUGCACAAGCAGCCUUCAACUUCAAGAAUAGUCGACUAUACAACCAACAAACAAUUCCACGUGAAAGUGGUAGGUUUUCUUGUUUUUUUCUACAAGUAUAUCGGAUGAUUUUAUUUGAAGUGUAAAGUUCUGGGCUAAUAAUUUUAUGUAUUAAGCCUUGUCCUCCAAACUUAAGUUGAAAUUUUAAAGGGUAUCACUAUUACUCAGUAAUAUUGACCGCUUGUCCACUUAAAUUAAUAUAUUUAAUUACUGUAUUUAUUGGCGUAUAACACACACAUCAAUUUAAGAAGGAAAUUUCAGGGAAAAAAACUAAACAUUAUAUCGGCGUAUAACACGCACACAUGAUUUGCCCCCUAUAUUCGGGGAGAAAAAGUGUGUGUUAUAUGCCAAUAAAUAUGGUAUGUUGAAAUGAAAUAUUUUCAAUCUUUUAUACUUUAUAGACAUUUUUUAAAAAAAACGAAAUAAAUUUUCUUUCAGCACAACAAAGAAGAGCUAGAGCAGCAAAACGUCAAGCCAACAAAAUUAGGUGAAAAAGGAUAAUCAUCUGGGAAAAGUAUAUUUGCCUGGUGAGAGAAAUGAAAUGGUAAAGGCAUUAUUGACUCAAUCUAUACCCUUUAUUGUUGCUAACAAGAUUGUAGCCCCUUUUGUUAUUUGUGCUUAUGACUUUAUGACUCAUUAGUAAAUAAAAGUAAUUUACUACUACCAAUAUAUUGAGUAGUUAUUGAUCUUGUUUACUUACACAUCAUAAAUUUUGAAAACAAGACUUAACCAUGUUUUUUGAAGAAAAUAUGUAGCCUUUGUUUUAUGCAUCAUAGUUCAUUUAAAUUUAAGACAUUUUUUAACCUUUGAAUCCCAUAUCUCCCUGACACUUAUUUUUUGUAAAAAGAUGUCACUUAACCUUGUGCAAGAUGGACUUGGUAUAUUAAAAUUAUGAAUAUGAGGUGUCUAAUUAAAAGAGAAAACUGGGGUACAUUGAGUAAAAAAAAAAAUUGUUUACUGAUGAAAUAACACUACUGUAUGCAGU